AUGCCCAAUUGCACAGUCGGAAUGCGGAGCCGCGACAACUUACUGAAGCUGGGAGACAAGGUUCCUGUUGAGGAUAGACAAUCUCAAACGACGACUGAGGAUUUGAGAUUACACCAGGAAACCCUCCGCGCAUCUGUCCACCGUCUGCCUCAGCACUGGAGAGAUGCGUGUGAUAUUCAAACAAAAAGCGCUCGGCAUGAAGGCUUGGAAAAUGCGAAUGAGCAAGCCUCAGUUGCAGAUUCCAGGUCCAGGGCUCGCCGCGAUUGUUAUAUUUUGUUGGAAGCAUUGAAGUGCGAAGACAAGCGGUUAGACAGUGUGUGCGCGCUCCUCUGUAUGGCGUGGAAGAGUGGUCGACAUCAACCACCCAAUAGUGGACGAGGAUCACGAUAG